AGAGAGAGAGAGAGAGAGAGAGAGAGAGAGAGAGAGAGAGAGAGAGCCGAAAAGGAGCGAGAGCGGCAGGCCAAGCUGGCGGAAGAGAAGAUGAGGAAGGAGGAGGAGGAAGCAAAGAAGCGAGCAGAGGAUGACCUCAAAAAGAAGAAGGUUCUCUCCAACACGGGGGCUCAUUUUGGGGGCUACCUGGUCAAGGCAGAACAGAAACGUGGGAAGCAGCAGACUGGCCGGGAGAUGAAGCUCAGGAUCCUGUCUGAGAGGAAAAAGCCCUUGGACAUUGACUACAUGGGGGAGGACCAGCUCCGAGAGAAAGCCCAGGAGCUGUCAGAAUGGAUCCACCAGCUGGAGUCAGAGAAAUUUGACCUGAUGGAGAAAUUGAAGCAACAGAAAUACGAGAUCAAUGUGUUGUACAACCGCUUCAGCCAUGCCCAGAAAUUUCGAAAGGGGGCUGGGAAGGGUCGAGUCGGAGGCCGCUGGAAGUGA